UGAUCAUUCUUAAGUAAUUCUAUUACAGGUUUUUUGCAGGAUGGCCAAUAGAGUCUCCAUUGUUCCUGUAAUCGGAAUUCUCCUACUACUAUGCUGUUUCGAAUCAGAUGCACAAGGGUACUUCAAAUACAAAGAUCCAAAGCAGCCAUUGAAUGUGCGUAUCAAGGAUGUAAUGCAGAGAAUGACAGUAGCAGAGAAAAUAGGUCAAAUGGUGCAGUUAGACAGAUCUGCUGUCACUCCUGAAAUAAUGAGAGAUUACUCGAUUGGUAGCAUACUAAGUGGCGGAGGAAGUGUGCCGAAACUCCAAGCUACUCCACAAGAUUGGAUCGAAAUGGUUAACCGUUUCCAAAAUGCUUCUCUUUCAAGCCGUCUUGGUAUUCCUAUGAUUUAUGGUAUCGAUGCUGUUCAUGGCCACAAUAAUGUCUACAAGGCCACAAUAUUUCCGCAUAAUGUAGGUCUCGGAGCAACAAGGGACCCUGAAUUAGUGAAGAGGAUUGGUGCUGCGACUGCUCUUGAAGUUAGAGCAACCGGAAUUAAUUAUGUGUUUGCUCCAUGCAUUGCGGUUUGCAGAGAUCCAAGAUGGGGAAGGUGCUACGAGAGCUACAGUGAGAAUCCUAGCGUAGUUAAAGAGAUGACAGAGAUUAUACGUGGAUUACAGGGCGAUUCUCCGGACAAGGGUGUUCCUUUCGUGGGUGGAAAUGAUAAAGUGGCAGCCUGCGCAAAGCACUUUGUGGGAGAUGGAGGAACAACUAGAGGCAUGAAUGAGAAUGAUACAGUGAUUGACUACCAUGGAUUGCUGAGCAUUCACAUGCCUGCCUAUUUGCAGUCUGUUAUCAAAGGCGUUUCCACAAUCAUGGUUUCCUACUCCAGCUGGAACGGACAGAAAAUGCAUGCUAACCGCGACCUUCUCACUGGUUUUCUCAAGGAAACUCUUAACUUCAGGGGAUUUGUGAUAUCAGAUUGGGAAGGUAUCGAUAGGAUUACUUCACCAACUCAUGCGAAUUACUCAUACUCCAUUCUCAAGGGAAUUUCAGCUGGAAUUGACAUGGUGAUGGUUCCCUAUAAUCACACGGAGUUCAUAGAUAUUCUCAACGGUUAUGUGAAUGCAAAAGUGAUUCCAAUGAGUCGAAUUGAUGACGCAGUGAGAAGGAUCCUCAGAGUCAAAUUUGGUAUGGGUCUGUUUGAGAAUCCCCUGGCUGAUAACACCUUUGUACAUCACCUAGGAAGCCAGGAUCAUAGAGAUUUGGCCAGGGAAGCUGUAAGGAAGUCACUUGUUCUGCUCAAGAAUGGACACAAUAGUAGUAAUCCGUUGCUGCCCCUCUCCAAGAAACCAGGCAGGAUCCUUGUCGCGGGAACUCAUGCAAACAAUUUGGGCUAUCAAUGCGGUGGCUGGACCCUCACUUGGCAGGGACUUAGUGGCAACAACAACACCGUCGGAACCACCAUUUUAAAUGCCAUAUCAACGGCUGUUGAUCCCUCGACAGAAAUAAUGUACAGCGAAAAUCCUGAUGCUGAUUUUGUGGAGGCUAACAACUUCACCUACGCGGUUGUUGUUGUGGGCGAACAUCCUUAUGCGGAAACAUUUGGGGACAGUUUGAACUUGACGAUUAGUGAAGCAGGCGGUAGUGCCAUUUCCAAUGUGUGCGGGAGAGUGAAGUGUGUUGUGGUUAUAGUCUCAGGUCGGCCUUUGGUGAUAGAGCCAUAUAUUUCCCAAAUGGAUGCUCUUGUUGCUGCCUGGCUGCCUGGAACUGAAGGCCAAGGAGUAGCUGAUGUGCUUUUCGGAGAUUAUGGGUUUACAGGGAAGCUGUCGCGCACUUGGUUCAGGACUGUGGAUCAGCUUCCUAUCAAUGUUGGGGAUGCUCUUUAUGAUCCUCUUUUCCCCUAUGCCUUUGGUCUUACAACGGACCCUACAAAACAAAACUAGAUCAACUAUUCAAACUUCUACUAUCGGAGACAAUUAAUAUUUAUUCUAAAUACUUCUAAAAUUCUCAU